AUGCACUUCAGCACGCUAAAGCUGCUUGAACUGCAUGAACUGAGCAUGUGUAUGCAUGGCUUAUCUUUAGAGGCAGGUAUGAUGAGUAACAAAGAGGAGUCAGAGCUUCAGGAGAGCCAGAUCGCCACGGUGCAGCAUGCAGGGACGCACAUCACACUGGGGACGCGCUCGGCCAGCAUCGCCCUGUCCUCCACCGGCUCAUGGCGAGACUCGGCGCGCAGCUGGGGCUGGCUGCUGUCUGGCGCUGUUCUCGUCAACGUGCUUGUGCUCGGAUGUGCGCUCACGGGCGCCAGCGUUUUUAACGCACAGCACGUAACCAGCGUGCACCUGCAGAGCUACCUCGUGGUGCUGAUCGUCCCCACGACCGCCUGGAUGAUCUUCUACAAGGCAUACACGUGCCGCGGGGACGAGGCUGUGCUCUACAAGGAUGUACAUGCCGGGCCUGUGUGGCUCAGAGGUGGCCUGGUGCUGUUUGGAAUCUGCAGCUUAAUCAUGGAUGUUUUUAAGAUCGCUUUCUAUGUGGGUCGCGUACACUGUGACUCACCUGUGAAAAUCUUCUUCCCUGUUGUGCAAGCCACGUUUAUUCUGGUGCAGACUUACUUUCUCUGGCUCCAUGCCAAGGAUUGUGCACAAGUGCAGAGAAACUUAACUCGCUCUGGGUUAAUGCUCACCUUGGCCACAAACUUGAUGAUAUGGAUGACUGCAGUGACAGAAGAGUCUAUCCAUCAAACAGUGUAUCCCAAUGAUACCCAGAGCCUCGGCUCCCGGAGUCUCUUCAUUCGAGCUAGCUCUUCUGACGGCUGCGUGUGCAGCAUCACGGCAUGCAGCAUCUUCGAAAAAGCCUUCUAUUACCUCUAUCCAUUCAACAUUGAGUACAGCCUGUUCGCCUCAGCCAUGGCAUAUGUGAUGUGGAAAAACGUGGGCCGGCUGGUGGAUGACCACGGGCAUCACGAGCACCGCUUCCACAUACGUGAUGUUGCGAUGGGCCCAGCCAUUGGCCUCUUGGUGUUGGUGGCUGGCCUGGCCAUAUUUGUGGUAUACGAGGUGGACGUGUCAUCUAACGAGCGAGCAAAAAAGGACACAGCCCUCAUCCUGUACUACGUGGCCAACACAACCACAGUGGUCCUGAUGAUUGUGGCAGCAGCAGCCGGCUGCGCUGUGUUCCAGCUGGAGCAGCGUGAGCAUGCAGUGGGCAAGAACCCAACACGCAGCCUGGAUGUGGGGCUGUUAAUGGGCGCCAGUGUAGGUCAACUCACUAUCUCUUACUUCACCAUUGUGGCUGUGUUGGGGAUCGGUGUGGGCGGCCUAGUCAAUGCCCUCAACCUGACCUGGAGUGUGCUCAUUAUAGUCGAGCUUUGUGUACAGAAUGUGUUCAUCAUUGAAGGCUUACGGCGGGAGCCACACCAGGACAUACGCCGUGCCAGCAUCUUCUCCAAUCUGCUCAUCUUGCAAGCAGAGAACGAGCGCAGGAGGUCCAGCAACGUUCUCACACCUCGUGGCUCCAUUGCCAUCUCAGUCCGCAAGCCCCUGCCCUGGAAGAGGAAGCUUCUCAAGGAGAUCUCUUCAUUCCUGUUGCUUUCCAACAUCAUUCUUUGGAUCAUACCUGCCUUCGGAGCACGGCCCCAGUUUGACAACCCGCUUGGAGCUGAUUUCUACGAUUUUAGCAUGUGGGUGGCUGUGGUUAACAUUGGACUGCCAUUUGGGAUCUUUUACCGAAUGCACUCCGUAGCCAGCCUUUUUGAGGUGUACCUUACCUCUUGAAUGCUUAGAUAAGCCUGUGACAAUACACACUCAUUUUUUUUUACUUUUUUUUUGCGCAAAUGAUACUUUUUUUUAAAAAUAUUUUGUUGCCUUUUAAUAUUUCCUUGGAAACUGAGUGAAGAGCUUGUGUAAAGAUUCGUGUAAUAAGGUCUU